AUUCCUUUAUCCCGGCUAUUCUCAUCGGCAACAAAUACCACUCCAGGCCAGCGCUAUGAGAUUCCACCAAGCCGACUCCAAUCCAAAAGCCAUCCACAGGGCUUUGAAACCAUCCAAGCACAGGUUGAACCAUAUUUUGCCUCGAAUUGGAAAUUCGCCAGCGAAAAGGAGAAGAAGGGUUUCCUCGCACUCGGAUUCUCCCGCGCUUUCAGCCAAUUCUUCCCACUCACCCUUAACGAUAGGGUAGAGACAACUUGCAAGAUGCACUACCUUGCUCUCUUGAUUGAUGACCAGCUGGAGAAGAUGGACGCGUCGGAGAUGCUAUCCUAUCGAGACAGGGUCAUGGGUAUCGCAAAUGGUGCAAUCCAGCCCGAUAGAGAGAUCUGUCUUGAAUGGAUGCUUAGUGACACCAUCCGGCAAAUGCACUCCAUGGACGACCUUCUGGUCCACGAUCUCAUUCAAGGAUUCUGCACGCUCCUUCGCGCCCAGACGGCUACAGAACGUCGAUCAAUCAGACAUCUUGGUCCGUAUCUUGGGGCCAGGGAAGUGGAUGUGGGCAGACCGUUUUAUACCGCAUUAAUGAGAUUCGGAGCCAAUCUCCAUCUCACCCCGACAGAACUCAGCAGAGCCGCGGAUCUUGAAACAUCUGCGUUUCGGUUCAUGGGUGUCCUCAAUGAUAUCUAUAGCUGGAACCGGGAAUGGAGGGUUUAUCAGGAAAAUCCCAUCGAUGGAGCUCGACCUUUCUCUGCCAUCUAUAUCCUGUCGCAAGAAACAGGGUUGCCCUACGCGGCCUGCAAAAGACUAAUGUAUAGCUACUGCCGAGAAUUGGAGAUUGUUCUUAAGCAAUCGGGGGAUGAUAUCAGAUCUGCAAGUGCAGAACUGACCCCGGAUAUGGAGAAGUAUAUCAAAGGAUUGGAAUAUCUUAUGAGUGGUGUUGAAACUUGGAGCCAAUGGACACCACGAUAUAAGGAAAUGUGA